UAUGUUCUCCACAUUUAGAAGAAAAGUUUUCGUGGUGUCAAAAACAAGAUGAGUGUUUUGGAUCUUCCGUCCAGGAAACUCUUCAUCAAAGACCUGGCUAGAGCACGGCCUCACGUUGGUGAUCAAAGUUCAUGCUCCAAGAUCCCAGUGUGGCGAGUGACCGCUGCCGGCGCGACGAGAACGUUUUCGUGUGUUUGGAUUCAAGGAACUGUAGUACAGGAACUGAGCGCUGGCGAUGUGCUGUUUGUGGAUGAUGGAACAGCAAUCGUUGAGGUGACUGGCUGUAAUAAGAUUCCACCAUCUUGUCCUAAAGUAAAACCAGGUCAGUAUGUGAUGAUCAUUGGUUUGCUGGUGUCUGCAGAUACACCCACUGUCCGGGCAAUCAAGAUUCAAGACCUAAGUACGAGUGUCAGUGCUGAAACAAUGUGGUCGCUGGAAGUGGUAGACCAGUCCUUCAUGUGUAAAUAACCUGGUAUCGGUGGAAUUUAUAGACCAGUCCUUCAUGUGUAAAUAACCUGGUAUCGGUGGAAUUUGUAGACCAGUCCUUCAUGUGUAAAUAACCUGGUAUCGGUGGAAUUUAUAGACCAGUCCUUCAUGUGUAAAUAAUCUGGUAUCGGUGGAAGUUGUGGACCAGUCCUUCAUGUGUAAAUAACCUGGUAUCGAUGGAAUUUAUAGACCAGUCCUUCAUGUGUAAAUAACCUGGUAUCGGUGGAAGUUGUGGACCAGUUCUUCAUGUGUAAAUAACCUGGUAUCGGUGGAAGUUGUGGACCAGGACCCCAUUCCACGAAGCGAUCUUAGCGCUAAAAUCACCUAAUUGCACAAGGUAGAAAUGCAUUUAAAAUGAUCUUAGGGCUAAGAUGUCUUCGUGGAACGGGGCUCAGUCCUUCAUGUGUAAAUAACCUGGUAUCGGUGGAAUUUGUGGACCAGUCCUUCAUGUGUAAAUAACCUGGUAUCGGUGGAAUUUGUGGACCAGUCCUUCAUGUGUAAAUAACCUGGUAUCGGUGGAAUUUGUGGACCUGUCCUUCAUGUGUAAAUAACCUGGUAUGGGUGGAAUUUGUGGACCAGUCCUUCAUACGUAAAUAACCUGGUAUGGGUGGAAUUUGUGGACCAGUCCUUCAUACGUAAAUAACCUGGUAUGGGUGGAAUUUGAGGACCAGCCCUUCAUGUGUAAAUAACCUGGUAUCGGUGGAAUUUGUCGACCAGUCCUUCAUGUGUAAAUAACCUGGUAUCGGUGGAAUUUGUCGACCAGUCCUUCAUGUGUAAAUAACCUGGUAUCGGUGAAAGUUAUAGACCAGUCCUUCAUGUGUAAAUAACCUGGUAUCUGUGGAAGUUGUAGACCAGUCCUUCGUACGUAAAUAACCUGGUAUCUGUGGAAGUUGUAGACCAGUCCUUCAUGUGUAAAUAACCUGGUAUCGGUGGAAGUUGUAGACCAGUCCUUCGUACGUAAAUAACCUGGUAUCGGUGGAAGUUGUAGACCAGUCCUUCGUAUGUAAAUAACCUGGUAUCGGUGGAAGUUGUCGGUCAGUCUUUCGCUUGUAAAUAACCUAGUAUCGGUGGAAUUUGUAGACCAGGGGCCCCAUUUUCGAAGCUAUCUUAGCCUACGAAAUCGUGAAAUCAUCGUAAGCUAUGACGUCACUAUGGCGUGCUCUGUAGUGACGUC